GUCGAAUUGCCUACACCUCUCAAAACAACAUCGCCACAUGCAACAACGUGCAUCGCAACAAACUUCGACCUCGCCGUUUUCCUACCUGCCUAGCACACAUAUGGCCUAGAUACCUAAGAUUUGCUUCCUCAAGGCUUCAAAGUGCUACUAUUGUCCUCGCCCCGACGACAUCGGAAUACCAACGAAUUCUCCGACCGUUGCAUCCUGGACCUGGACCACCUCCGAUCGAGCUGGAAACGAUGUACAUGCGAUAGGAGCUAGACAAGACCGGGACAACGAUAGUCGCGCACCGCACACAGCAACAAUACGAUCAUUCAUCUCCUACAAUACUUAGGAAUAAGGCAACCACGCCCCCGACCCUGGAUUUUUUUUUUUAGAUCGCUCUCAGCACAUGUACCACAGGUCGGCGUGGAUUACAGAGCUCUGAACUCGCAUCGACGAUAUCGUUAGCCUAGCAGCAUUAUCAGCCAAUCGACCAGAAUACUUCCCCUGAUACCACCGAACCGAACACGUUUGCCCUCACGAUGGGCGUCAAUGGAGAUGCCGCAGUCAGCUUAGGCUUGGCUUCGUCGUCUAAACGCACAGUCCGAGCCUCCAACAGUCCCGCUGUCGGGGCCAGGGCUAGCACUCCCCCGCCUGCCAUCGACCGUAAUCAUUUUGAUGGCGGGAAUCAUCGGGACUCUCAAGGCGGGCGUAGGGGCCGCAAUGGGGCGAGGUUGAGUGAUGCCAGCAGUCACGACCUGGAUCUAGACGCAGCGAACCACGCCCUUCGCAGGGAAGUCUUGAGUCGGCAGUCAAGAGAAACGACGCCAAAUGGGAGUCCGCAUAGGAAGCGACAGCGUAUUACAGGCGAUAGGUUUAUUCCAACUCGCUCUGGACAAGACCUACAUGCCAGUUUCAAUCUUCUUCAUGAGGACGGUUCACCUGCAACACCAUCCAAACAAAAGAAGCGCACUCCCCAUGGCGAAUUACAUUUUCAGAAAACCGAGGAGGCAAACCGUACCUAUUCCACCCUACUACGUGCUGAGAUCUUUGAGAACUCUGUCCCUCAGGCAGCAACAGCGCUUUCUCCAGACCAGGCAUCUUCAAGAGGUUCCAAUGUGCACCACGGCACGAGAGCCCAGACACCCCCGCACAAUCCGCCACCACUACCUGCCUCCCUGACACCAUCAACUCCUCACAAAAACCUUUUUUCAUACAUGUCACCUCGACAUCACAGCAGUCUUGGUGGACAUCCUACUCCGAACCGCACUCCACAAAGUAGGCACGGGCCCAACAUGGACACGCGGGCCGAAAUAUACAGCUUGUCACCGGUAAGAUUCGGCAGCCAACAAAUGUUGCUGAGUCCCCGCAGGCAGCCCAGGGCCGUCAGUAAGGUACCAUAUAAAGUCCUUGACGCGCCCGAUCUAGCAGACGACUUUUAUCUCAACCUGGUCGACUGGGGCAGUGCAAAUGUCCUCGGCGUGGGACUUGGUUCAAGCGUUUAUAUGUGGAACGCGCAGACAAGUCGCGUCAACAAGCUGUGCACUCUAGAAGACGACACUGUCACUAGCGUAUCUUGGAUACAAAAAGGUACGCAUAUUGCCAUUGGAACUGGCAAGGGCCUCGUUCAGAUUUGGGAUGCCGAAAAGUCUAGGAGGUUAAGGACCAUGACUGGCCAUACUGCGCGAGUCGGGUCACUGGCCUGGAACACGCACAUUCUUACCUCAGGCUCCCGGGACCGGUUAAUAUACCACCGCGAUGUGCGAGCACCGGACCAGUGGAUGAGGAAACUUGUUGGUCACAAACAGGAAGUUUGCGGCCUCAAGUGGAACUGCGAAGACGGGCAACUGGCCAGCGGAGGAAACGACAAUAAACUCAUGGUGUGGGACAGGCUUUCAGACACACCCCUCUGGAAGUUUUCAGACCAUACAGCAGCGGUCAAGGCAAUCGCGUGGUCCCCUCACCAGCGAGGGCUGUUGGCUUCGGGCGGUGGUACGGCCGAUCGGCGAAUUAUAUUUCACGAUACGCUACGCGGGACGGUCGUGAAUGAGAUUGACACGGGUAGCCAGGUAUGCAAUAUUGCCUGGUCUAAAAACUCAAACGAGAUCGUGUCUACGCACGGUUACUCCCAGAAUCAAAUAGUAGUCUGGAAGUAUCCUAGCAUGACGCAAGUCGCCAGCCUUACGGGCCACACGUAUAGAGUACUGUACUUGGCGAUGAGCCCCGAUGGAAGGGUAGUGGUCACUGGUGCGGGCGACGAGACAUUACGAUUCUGGAAUCUAUUUGGGAGGAGACCAGGAGCAAGAGAGGACAACGACAGCGGGGGACGAUUGUCAGACUGGGGCAUCAUACGCUGAUUAUCACGAAGCGGCGGCAUGUGUCCACGGUCAGGUAGUGUGACGGGAUGCAAGGAGAAUUUCCUCUACUUGCUAUCAUUUUGUUUUCAGCCAUUAUUUUUUUUCUUAAACAGCUUGCUGUCGCGGCUGUGUAAGCAUCGUCUCACUUUGUUUUCUGAGAUCAGAUGAGAUACCAUUAGUCUAGUACCGGACGGAAGCAUACAUAGCGUUGCUUUAUACCAUGUUUCUUUACAUUCAUUUUUACAACCUUCCAUGCGAC